CUCCCUCGAGUUUAACGGUCGCGAGAGGCCGCUCGCCCGACCCUGACAUCGGCUGUGGGAGCAGCGGCCAGACUCUCUUGGGAGCUUAGGAUAUUUCACAGUUCUGAAUGUUAGCAUCUGAAAAUGCCUGUAGAUGAUGAAGCAUCUGAAGAUGACUCGGAUUCAGUUUCUUCAAACAUUGAAAGAACCUACAUUCUCAAAUAAGAGAGUAUAACAAUUUCUGUACACUAUGGAAGAUAUUGAUUUGGUGAAACCCUUACGAAAAACUUCAUCUUCUGUAGAAUCUGAUAUAAAAAAUUCUCCCCAUUCUUUUGGACUGAACUUAAAUACUAAUAGAAGUAGUGCCCACCUUAGUACAAAUGGGGUAUCCUCUUUCUCAGGGAAGACCAGACCAUCUGUAAUUCAAGGUACAGUUGAAGUCCUAACCUCUUUAAUGCAAGAGCUACAAAACAGUGGAAGGACUGAUUCGGAACUUUGGAAAAACUGUGAGACCAGGUGGUUACAACUAUUCAAUUUGGUGGAAAAACAAUGCCAACAACAGAUAGUUGCCCAGCAGGAACAGUUCCACAACCAAAUUCAACGAAUACAGGAGGAGAUAAAAAAUUUAGUCAAGUUACAGACCAGUAAUACUUCCUGGGCUUCCUCCGAUAGUUCUUUAAGCAAACAGUUAUCUUCAGAAAGUCAAAUGGGUUUUUUUUCUGAAAACAGUGAGAGAAAUGAACCUAUUAUCAGUUAUCCUAAGUCUACAGAACCCGAAAUGCAGCAAGAAACGUCCACGUCACAACCAGACUGCAAUGUGGAUAGUAGCUCAGUGAGCAGUGGGUAUGGUACCUUUUGUGUCUCUGAAUUAAAUGCCUACAAAUCUAAGGAGCCUCAGGAGUUCAUGGAGCACACAGAAGUUUCUGAAGGACAGUUUGGAGCGCCUUUGGGGCAGACGGAGUCACUUGUAGAUGGUGUAAAAAACAAGAGUUUUCAUAUACAUACCACUGAAGAGUUUUGCGCAUCUGUAAAGGAAGAUAUUUCCAUUUUUCCUGGUGAAUUUGAACACCAUUUUCUUGGCGAAAAUAAGAUUUCAGAAGUAUACAGUGGAAAAACAAACAGUAAAUCUAUAACAUCAUGGGCACAAAAGCUGAAGCAGAACCAACCAAAGAGAGCACUUCCAGAAGACGAGUGUUCAGAAUCUAUGCAAGGAAAUGAGCAAGCCAAGAAGUCACCAGUUGAGAAAUCUAAUUUCACUGCUGCUAAGCAGCCUCAUGCUUUUUACCUCAAUAAACCAGAUGAGAGUCCAAAUUCUUGGAUGUCUGAUUCAGGAACAGGACUGACUUACUGGAAGCUGGAAGAGAAGGACAUGUAUCACUCUUUGCCUGAGACUUUAGAGAAGACGUUUGCACCGGCCUCCUCCACAGAUACGUCCCCAAGCCAGUCUAAUACUAUUAAUGAGAUGAAGCUACCAUCACUAAAGGAUAUUUAUCAUAAAAAACAAAGGGAAAACAAGCAGUUACCUGAGAGGAAUCUCACUUCUGCUUCCAACCCAAAUCAUCCACCAGAGGUACUAACUCUAGAUCCAACGUUACACAUGAAGCCAAAUCAGCAGAUUUCAGGGAUUCAACCACAAGGCUUUUUGAAUGUCCUUGAUGACAGAAUAUCCUUUUCACCAGACUCUGUUCUAGAACCUAGUAUGUCUAGUCACUCUGACAUAGACUCAUUUUCACAAGCAAGUAAUAUUGCUUCUCAGUUAUCUGGAUUCCCAAAAUAUCCUUCAAAUACAAAAGCUUCACCAGUGGACUCUUGGAAAAAUCAUGGAUUCCAAAAUGAAAGUAGGACCAGUUCCACGUAUCCUUCAGUUUAUACUAUUACUAGUAAUGACAUCUCGGUCAACACUAUAGAUGAAGAAAACACUGUCAUGGUAACCUCAGCCUCAGUCAGUCAGUCCCAGCUUCCAGGGACAGUCAGCAGUGUCCCAGAAUGCAUUUCCUUGGCUUCCCUGGAAGAUCCUGUGAUAUUGUCCAAAAUUAGGCAGAACCUGAAGGAAAAGCAUGCUCGACACAUAGCGGAUCUUCGAGCUUAUUAUGAAUCAGAAAUAAAUAGUUUGAAACAGAAACUGGAGGCAAAGGAAAUUUCUGCAGUUGAAGAUUGGAAGAAAACCAACCAAAUUCUUGUAGACAGAUGUGGCCAUUUAGAUAGUGCUCUGAAUGAAGCUACCAGUCGUGUGAGAACACUUGAAAAUAAGAAUAACUUACUGGAAAUAGAAGUCAGUGAUUUCAGAGAACGCUUCAAUGCAGCCAGCAGUGCUUCCAAAAUUUUGCAGGAACGGAUUGAGGAAAUGAGAAUAAGUAAUAAAGAAAAAGACAAUACCAUCAUUCGACUGAAAUCUCGACUGCAGGAUUUAGAAGAAGCAUUUGAGAAUGCUUACAAACUCUCAGAUGAUAAAGAAGCGAGACUGAAACAAGAAAACAAAAUGUUUCAAGAUCUCUUAGGAGAAUAUGAGUCCCUUGGAAAAGAACACGAAAGAGUAAAGGAUACAUUAAAUACAACUGAGAACAAAUUGCUUGAUGCACAUACUCAGAUUUCUGAUUUGAAAAGAACAAUUUCAAAACUUGAAGCUCAGGUCAAGCAAGUAGAGCAUGAAAAUAUGUUAAGUCUUCGCCAUAGUUCUAAAACUCCCAUGAGAUCCUCACGUGCCAACACGCUGGCCACCUCCGACGUCAGCAGGCGCAAGUGGCUGAUACCAGGAGCGGAGUAUUCCAUCUUUACUGGCCAGCCUUUGGACACCCAGGAUAACAGAGUGGAUAACCAGCUAGGGGAAACCUGUGCUCCCGGGUACCAUUCUCCUCCGGAAAAGGAUUCUUCAUCUGAAAGUUCACCAAGAAGCUUAUUGAUAAAAAAACAAAGAGAGACUUCAGAUACACCAAUCAUGAAAGCUUUAAAAGAACUCGAUGAAGGAAAAAUAUUUAAAAAUUGGGGCACACAGACAGAGAAAGAGGACACCUCAAAUAAAUUAGCGAAUCCUCGGCAAACUGAAACGUCAGUCAGUGCAAGUCAGUCCCCAGAGAAAUGUGCCCAACAAAGACAGAGGAGAUUUAAUUCUGCUUCACAGAGGUCCUCGUCUUUACCACCUUCAACUCGUAAAUCAAGUACUCCAACAAAAAGAGAGAUUAUGUUAACACCAGUGACUGUGGCUUAUAGUCCAAAGCGAUCCCCUAAAGAAAAUUUGUCCCCAGGAUUUAGUCAUCUACUGAGCAAAAAUGAAAGCAGUCCAACUCGAUUUGAUAUACUUUUGGAUGAUUUAGAUACUGUUCCUGUGUCUGCAUUACAACGUACCAAUCCAAGAAAACAACUCCAGUUUCUUCCUCUAGAUGACUCGGAAGAACAAAAAUACUCAGAAACAGCCACCGACGUCCGGGCUAAUCACAGCUCUUCUCCCGGACUGCUGCCACAUGGAAGGAAGGAAGUGUCUGUGAGACCAGCCUGGGAGAAGAAUAAGUCAGUUAGCUAUGAACGGUGUGAGCCCGCGUCGGUAGCCCCACAUGGUAAUGAUUUUGAGUAUACAGCAAAAAUUAGGACCCUAGCUGAAACGGAACGGUUUUUUGAUGAACUUACAAAAGAAAAAGACCAGAUUGAGGCAGCACUAAGUCGAAUGCCUUCUACUGGAGGACGAAUCACUUUGCAGACAAGAUUAAACCAGGUGAACCGUCUCAGCUUGAACAUGUGUUAG